AUGCUUCUGAUCCAAGUCAAAUUACGCACCUACCCAGGUAAGGCACAGUACAGUAGGGCAAAAAUCAUAGUGGAGGGAGCCAGCGCCAAGCACGGGUUGAUGGAGCGAAGUGCUGCAACCCCCAUACCCAACGUCGUAUGCAUGAACAAGACUGUAAGGCACCCCUGCCAUGACACGAAUGGCGUCCGGGGCACGGGCGUUGAAAGCGUCCUGGUUGAGUGCUCAAAGAAAGACUGA